AUGGAAGGUGUAAUAAAGUUCCAGUAUUUAAAAGCAGAAAAAGUUUCAUCAAAAGAAUCAGGUAGAGUCUUCAGAGCAGAAAAUUUUGCAAUGCAAUUGUCUCUAAAAGAAGUUAUAAGAGAGCGAAGAGAAUUAAAUUCCAAAGCACAAGGACUACGAAUCAUCACUAUUGGUGCAAUAGUAGGUUGGAAGCUAAUAUACGCAGAUUUAGAUAAUGCAUUUACUUGGUUAUUGAUAUAUAAAAAGACAGAGAAACUAGAUACAAGAGCACAUAAAGUAUAUAAAAGGGUGGCAAUUUCUGACCGUAAGGUGGAAGGAAAGGUUGAGGGAAGGCAAGCAAAGGAAGACUCAAGGAUAUCAUUAAGAGCCAUCCAGACUGAAGUCAUAGAAGGUAAUGAGACAUCAGUGCUUAGUGAUUAUAAAAAAACAAUUAAUAGCUCAUUAGAAUCAUCUUAUCAAGACGAAUCAAAUAGUGUGGUUGAAUUUUGA